UAGAAUACAAGCUCCUGUUUCUCAUCCAUAUUUAUAACUUAAAUUAACUUAAUUAAAAAUAGAAGUUUCAUACAUUUCUCAUGGCUGGUAUACCUCCUGCAUCAUGGCAACCUCGCCAAGUAGCAAUGGAGACUUCUUCAGGAACCAUUGUGAUUCAAUUAUACUGGAAACACGCACCCAGGACUUGCACAAAUUUUGCCGAACUUGCAAGAAGAGGUUACUAUGACAACACCAAAUUUCACAGAAUUAUCAAAAAUUUUAUGAUACAAGGCGGAGAUCCUACUGCCACUGGUCGGGGUGGGGCUUCAAUUUACGGACCUCAGUUCGCAGAUGAAAUUCAUAAAGAACUCAAACAUGCAGGAGCAGGAAUAUUAUCAAUGGCAAACUCAGGACCUGAUACAAAUGGAAGCCAAUUUUUUAUCACACUUGCUCCAACUCAGUGGUUGGAUGGUAAACAUGCCAUAUUUGGUCGUGUUUGCAAAGGAAUGCCGAUUGUCGCAAACUUGGGAAUGGUGGAAACUAAUAAUCAAGAUCGACCGACGGAGGAUGUUUUUAUUAAAAAGGCAUAUCCUGUAGACUGAUCAAAAAUGAAAAAUGAGCCACAAAAUCUAGGCAGAUCUUGGAUCUAUGCGUGCUGUUCAUUCUCGUAACUUGCAAACAAUCUCAAUGUAACUGUGAUGACAGUACAGUACAGGGACGAUAGAACAUUUCGCUCACAAUCCUGUGUGUAAGUUCAAAUCCUGAUGGUAGUUUUCUACAAUCAUAUUUUUUGUCUCUGCACUGUUUUAUAAUAAAAUCUCCACCAAAG